GUAUUCUGUGUGCUCAGAGAAGCCAAAGGGAGUGCUGUCUGGAGAGGGGAGGUGUCUGUCCAUCACCUGCAAUAUGAUGGCCAACACAGAGAGAGUCACUGUGUGCGUGCGCGUGAGUCUGAAUGUUGGCGCUGUUUGUCGCAGGUUGAUUCGCGCACUCUUGGUUGAUUCGUGCACUCUUUAUUAUACAUGAGGUCACAUGAGGCUCACUGAUGGAGGCUCCAAACACAUAUGUAAUUUUCUCUUUCUCUCUGGGCCUGUGCCUUUGUCUGUCCACAACGUCUUAUUCGACGAGAUGAAAAUACAUCUGUUUAUGCAUGCAUGCAUAUAUUUAGGUAGUUUGCAUUUAUAAAUAUGCUAUGUGAAAGCACCUUCCAAAAUAACCUGUGUCACCCUGUGUAUUUUAUUGUUGUGUUAAGUGUCACAUCUGGAUGAGGUGACAUGGACCGUUGAGGCCUAACUGUUUUCACAUAUGUUUUGAAAACAGCAAACUACACUCAUUAAUGCACGUGAAGUCCAGUAAAAAAUAGCCAGUAAAGGGUUUUUAAACACAUCUGAAUGGACUUGUGACAGGCUGUCAGUGAGGUGUGUGUGAUGGGUCUUAUUCACUUUGCAUCGGUUGCACUUGUCUGACCUGUGUCUCUGUUUGGCUACUCUCUCUAUCUCCUAGGUUGGCUCUGCCACUCUUUCUGCCUUUCUAAGCAACAACCAAAACCUACCUAACGGUAAGAGUCCUUAAGUAUGAAACACAGCCGAUAGGUACUGAUCACAGUAGGAGGCUGUUCCUUCUCUUGCUAGAACAAAAUACGUACCUGCUGCGCACUGACCUGGUACCGACGAACCUGCUGUUUCUACUUGUAGAAUCGCAAAGCUCCUCAGUGGCCUACAACUUGACUUUGAGCCAAUCAGAGAGCACAAACCUCCAUGUGGGAGAGCUGACAGGAGUGACAACAAAAAGGAAAAAAUAUGUUGUGCUAGCUAGGGAAUGACAUGCUAACGGUUUAUCUAACAUUAGCUAGCUGUCAAGAAAAUUGACUAUGGGAUUAUGGAGAGUGAAUUACAUUGUUUCUUUGUCAUCUUGCUAGCUAGUUAUCUAGCUGUGGCCAUCUGGCUAGUAUCAACAAGGGCUUUAUACAACAAUAGCAAAUUUAAAAGGGACUAGCAUUGUUAAACUAAACUUAAGAAUGCAAUGCUACUGCCACCUUCUGGUUUGGAGUAUUUUCACAAGGCCAAAGGCUUUAAAGUAUGUGCGGUGUGAACACAAAAGAGGUUGACUGCCGACACUGUUCAGAGGUGCUAAGUACUCUCGGCAAGCAAAUGUUUGACAACCUUACUGGUGUGUGGGACCCACUAGAUAUUGUCUGGUUUUUUUUUGUACAGUAGAACCUCAAAGAAAUUAACCUCCAACUUAUGGACUGACCGUUCAACCGAAAGGGCAAUAUCGAAUCCCAAAAAAACGGAAGCCUGUGCAAGUCUAUGGCACAAAAUCAGCAACACGUCAAACCUUACUUGUGCGGAGGUGCUCACUAGAUUAAGGUCGUAUGUGCAACAGUGCGUGAGGACAGCCAUGAAAUCAACGAUUUUUUUAAAUCCCAUCCAAAUAUGUUGAUGUAUGCUGUGUUUGUGGUGAACCGUACAACUGUAACAGGAACAAACAUAACAUUAUUCAAGGUAAAUCAUGUUUAUUGCGACCAGACUACACACUGGUCUUAGAAGCUGAGUGAUGGGUUUUCAAAAGCAGCAUGUUGCUCCUUUCACACCUUCGAGUCAAAUGUAAAAUAAGUGCCAAUGAUGUGGAAAGAAUCUAAUGUUUUGUGAGGGGAAAGAGCAAAUUCUGGAGUGAGAAAGAAAAUAUGUGCCGGCUGUCACGACCCUCAGACGUUUAAUAAUAUAUUCAGUUGAUUCAUUUUUUUCCCUUGACAAUGAAGUAACUGAUAAAGCCCAUUUUAUGUGCCACAUACACAAAGUGUAUCAUUGCAAAUGUGUUGCAUAAUGCAUGACGACACUUUCAGAUAUUAACAUCUUAUUUUACUUGUAUUUAAGGUCACUGUUGCAACUACUUCUUGUACAAAGUCACAGAUACUUACAGGUCCUUUGGAAAUAAUUGGUUAGUCUUCAAGGUAAUCAGCCCAGAGCAAUACCAAAGUAUUUGAUGCAAGAAUUGCGAACACCAUGUGUGCCUCAAAAAAGACCAUCAAGGGGCCCUUGUCCAGUUUGACAUUGCACAGAAAGUCAUCAGAACCAUUGGAGAGCAGACAGACCUCAUGCAGCGAUUUGAUAAAGAAUGUGAGCUGAAGCCAGAGUCUGGAAAGUAGAUCCGAGGACAUCAACCAUACAGUGCAUUCGGAAAGUAUUUAGACCCCUUCCCUUUUUCCACAUUUUGUUACGUUACAGCCUUAUUCUAAAAUGGAUUUAAAAAAAUUCUCCCCUCAUCAAUCUACACACAAUACCCCAUAAUGACAAAGUGAAAACAGGUUUGUAGAAAUUUUUGCACAUUUAUUAAAAGUAAAAAAACAUAAAUACCUUAUUUACAUACGUAUUCAGAGCCUUUGCUAUGAGACUCGAAAUUGAGCUCAGGUGCAUCCUGUUUCCAUUGAUCAUCCUUGAUGUUCCUACAACUUGAUUGGAGUCCACCUAUGGUAAAUUCAAUUGAUUAGACAUGAUUUGGAAAUGCACUCACCUGUCUAUAUAAGGUCCCACAGAUGACAGUGCAUGUCAGAGCAAAAAGUCAUUCGGUCGAAGGAAUUGUCCGUAGAGCUCAGAGACAGAAAUGUGUCAAAGGCACAGAUCUGGGGAAGGGUACCAAAAAAUGUCUGCAGCAUGGAAGGUCCCCAAGAACACAGUGGCCUCCAUCAUUCUUAAUGGAAGAAGUUUGGAACCACCAAGACACUUCCUAGAGCUGGCUGCCCACCCAAACUGAGCAAUCGGGGGAGAAGCUGUGUCGGAGUGACCAAGAACCCGAUGGUCACUCCGACCGAGCUCCAGAGUUCCUCUGUGGAGAUUGGAGAACCUUCCAGAAGGACAACCAUCUCUGCAGCACUCCACCAAUCAGGCCUUUAUGGUAGAGUGGCCAGACGGAAGCCACUCCUCAGUAAAAGGCACAUGACAUCCCACUUGGAGUUUGCCAAAAGGCACCUGAAGGACUCUCAGACCAUGAGAAAUAAGAUUCUCUGGUCUGAUGAAACCAAGAUUGAACCCUUUGGCCUGAAUGCCAAGUAUCACGUCUGGAGGAAACCUGGCACCAUCCCUAUGGUGAAGCAUGGUGGUGGCAGCAUCAUGCUGUGGGUAUGUUUUUCAGCAGGCAGGGACUGGGAGACUAGUCAGGAUCAAGGGUAAAAUGAAUGGAGCAAAGUACAGAGAGAUCCUUGAUGAAAACCUGCUCAGGACCUCAGACUGGGGCGAAGGUUCACCUUCCAACAGGACAACGACCCUAAGCACACAGCCAAGACAACGCAGGAGUGACUUCGGGACAAGUCUCUGAAUGUCCUUGAGUGGCCCAGCCAGAGCCUCGACGUGAACCCGAUCAAACAUCUCUGGAGAGACCUGAUAAUAGCUGUGCAGCGACGCUCCCCAUCCAACCUGACAGAGCUUGAGAGGAUCUGCAGAGAAGAAUUGGAGACACUCCCCAAAUACAGGUGUGCCAAGUUUGUAGGGUCAUUACCAAGAAGACUCAUGGCUUUAAUCGCUGCCAAAGGUGCUUCAACAAAGGACUGAGUAAAGGGUCUGAAUACUUAUGUAAAUGUAAUAUUUCCGUUUUUUCUUUGUCAUUAUGGGGUGUUGUGUGUAGAUUGAUGAGGGGGGAAAAAACAAUUUAAUCCGUUUUAGAAUGAGGCUGUAACGUAACAAAAUGUGGAAAAAGUUAAGGGGUCUGAAUACUUUCCGAAUGCACUGUACGUCCUUGCAGUUUUAUGAGGAAGCACAAUUGUCACAGCAGUCAUGUUUGGGUGAUAUUGGUUGCGUGACCUCAAUAUCAAAGAGCCAGCAGGUGGUACUGUUUGACACAGUCUCAUUUUAUCUGAAACUUCAUCAAGCUGUCUUCCAUUGUACAGGGUAAGUGAAUGUGAGCUUGUGCCGUCCCUCCCCACUCAUCCAUAUGCCUGCAUGUAGGACUCAAAGUCUUGAGGUGGUCCAUAGUUGACUACAUGAUGGACAUUCUUAAAGUCCACCCCCAUUCCCAGUGCUGAAGUAGUCAUCACAACUCUUUCAAGGCUGCAAUGAUGUGCAGUUUCAUGUGCUCGGGUGUCUCUGAGGGGUACAUGUCAAAAAGCCUGUUUUCCAGUGUGUCUUCUGCUCCUGCUGGAUGCACAGAUUUCUCCCCAAGAAAAUGCUGAAAAACAGUGUACAGAAAAGAACAGUCUUCAAUUCUCUUGGGGUCUCAGGCCCCUUUGCCUCUGUGAGCAACCAUGAAAAUGUCUCUACAGGGUCAGACGACUCCUUCAUUUCUGCCAGUCUGGUGUUGUCCCUGUCAGGACUUUUCAUCACCUCAACACAUUGCUGCAUGCCCAGGUGCUUCAUUAUGCUCUCCCUUGUUGCCUUGGAAGCUUUAGAUGUGCCGGCCAAUACAGGAACUGGUAGGACUGACCGCAGCUCACCAACCUUUCCACACCACUUCCGAAAAGCAUCCUCCUUCCCCUGUGCCUUACCCCUUUAUAGGAAAUGGGAUGAAAACAAAUAUGCAUUAGUUGUCAUAAUAAAGGACUAAAUAAUACUGUAGUGGCGCGCAGAGCAACAGGGAGCCAGGGAGACAUGCAGUUAACCAAAUCCCCUACUUUAAUCUUCAACUAUAAUUGCGACUUUAUUCUUGAAAUAAAAUGUCUAGUUUAUUCUCGAAAUAUAGCCACUUUAAUCUAAAAAUAUUGCCACUUUUAUUCUCUAUUUAAUUUCGAGUUUAUUCUCAAAAUAUUGCCACAAUUUUAAAGAACUAUCGUGCAAAAAAAUAAAUAAAAAAUCCAGGUACCAUCACCUGUUGCCAUAUUUUUUCAUUCUCUUCACUUGGCCCUAAUACUCUUCCGUACAAUCGUGUAUUCACCCUUGGCAAUUUUCUCGUCCUCUAUCUCACUUUGCCCUGCGUAUGCGGCGGCGAUUCCUUGAGUUCAGAACAUGCACCUGAUCCUCGAUUAUUGACAUCAGAGGAGAAACGACUAUUAUCAUCAAUUACUCCACUUUCAAUUUCAAUAAAUCGCAGACAGUCGGCCACACUUGCUGCACUAAACUUUUACCAUAGCCUGUAGGUAGACACACCGAAACGUCUCUUUAGUAGAGUGUUCAAGCAGAGGAGUUGUAAUGCCUUCGUCGACUCGAUUUUGUGUAUAGAGCACACUUCUGGCAAAACAGAAUUGCAUUUUUCCUACAUCUUAACUUCCAUUUUCUGCAAUGUUGCAAACUAGCUAGCAUACGGAACAACUUUCUACAAAAUGUAUCCUACCCUGUCGGAAAACAGUACAAUACAAAAUUCUCCAGACCUCUAAGGGAGGCGUGACAACGAUCAUGAUUGUGGAGGUAUGGCAACGCGAGACUAGCUACAGGCAACUGUUAAUGUUGCUUUCAUGUGCUAAAAACAUCAGCGGUGCAUUCUUUAGUGUAGCAAAAAGUUUUGGAACAGAACACUUUGCAAUGAUAACUACACUUUCUUAUUAGACAAAUUCAGGUGGGUCCCUACACAUUUCGUCCUGUUUGCUUUUGUUUGGUUCCUAGUGAGUAAUACACUCCUGGCAAAAUGUUAGAUUACAGGUGUAAUACGGGUUAAUUUUGCAAUUUAUAUUUUCUGCUUAGGUUUGAUACGUUUUUUUAAAACCCAUUUCAAAGUCACACAUUUUUCAGUAUUCUGAACGACCUCUAUUCAGGACUUGUUCGAAUCUGAGGUCCUACUGUACUUGAUUAUAAGAGGGAUGUGCAUUGUGUAGAUGUGAAGCUAGUGUGUGUACAUGCUCUGAUUGGCUACUGAAGGGUUGUAAUAAAAACAUCUAAUUGUAAAAAAUGUAUUGUCCACACAAUGUGGAAAUACACCUUUGGAAAUGUGCACAGUAUGCUUCAUUUCAAUGAAUAAAUAUUGUGUAGUUUACAUAGGCUAUUACUUGUAUCCACAGUUUGCCUGGUUUCAGUUCAGGUAUUGUUUUGAACAGUGACCUUUGUAGACUACUGUUUUGUUACUCUGCUGUCUUGUAUCAGAUGUAUGCUAUCUUUAUAGCAUGUCAUUUUAGCAAGCGUGCGCUAUAUAUUUUUUUUUACCAAUGAUGAACUAUGAAGAAAUUCACUAUGUCCUUAGUUUUUUAUUAUGAUAAGGUACGACUGUUGUAAUUCCAGCAAGGUAUUUACAGUGCAUUCGGAAUGUAUUCAGACCCCUUGACAUUUUCCACGUUGUUACGUUACAGCCUUAUUCUAAAAUGUAUUAAAUAGAUUUGUUUCCCUCAUCAAUCUACACACAAUAACCCAUAAUGACAAAGCAAAAAUAGUUUAGAAAUGUUUGCAAAUGUAUUAUAAAUAAAACACGGAAAUAUUACAUAUUAAAUAUAAAUAUGUUUUUUUCAAUGCUUAGGGUAAGUGUACCUAUUAAGCCCACCAAAAUUAAAGUUCAGACAUAAAAUUGAGUAAAUUAUAUUUUCCCCCUCAUCAAUCUACACACAAUACCCCAUAAUGACAAAGCAAAAACUGGUUCUGAUAUUUUUGCUAGUUUAUACAAAAUAAAAAUAAAUGAAAUAUCACAUUUACAUAAGUAUUCAGACCCUUUACUCAGUACUUUGUUGAAGCACCUUUGGCAGCGAUUAAAGCCUAGAGUCUUCUUGGGUAUGACGCUCCAAGCUUGGCACACCUGUAUUUGAGGAGUUUCUCCCAUUCUUCUCUGCAGAUCCUCUCAAGCUCUGUCAGGUUGGAUGGGGAGCGUCGCUGCACAGCUAUUUUUAGGUCUCUCCAGAGAUGUUUGAUUGGGUUCAAGUCCGGGCUCUGGCUGGGUCACUCAAGGACAUUCAGAGACUUGUCCUUGAAGCCACUCCUGUGUUGUCUGGUCUGUGUGCUUAGGGUUGUUGUUCCUGUUGGAAGGUGAACCUUCACCCCAGUCUGAGGACCUGAGCUCUCUUGAGCAGGUUUUCAUCAAGGAUCUCUCUGUACUUUGCUCUGUUCAUCUUUCCCUUGAUCUUGACUAGUCUCCCAGUCGCUGAUGCUGAAAAACAUCCCCACAGCAUGAUGCUGCCACCACCAUGCUUCACCGUAGGGAUGGUUUCCUCCAGAAGUGACGCUUGGCAUUCAUGCCAAAGAGUUCUAUCUUGGUUUCAUAACACCAGAGAAUCUUGUUUCUCAUUCUCAUUGGCUUAGUUUGGCCGGCGCUCUACGGACAAUUCCUUCGACCUCAUGGCUUGGUUUUUGCUCUGACAUGCACUGUCAACUGUGGGACCUUAUAUAGACAGGUGUGGGCCUUUCCAAAUCAUGUCCAAUCAAUUGAAUUUACCGCAGGUGGACUCCAAUCAAGUUGUAGAAACAUCUCAAGGAUGAUCAAUGGUAACAGGAUACACCUGAGCUCAAUUCUGAGUCUCAUAGCAAAGGGUAUGAAUACUUAUGUAAAUAAUGUAUUUCUGUGUUUUAUUUUUUAUACAUUUGCAAAAAUUUAUAAAAACCUGUUUUCGCUUUGUCGUUAUGGGGUAUUGUGUGUAAAAAAAAAUUUAAUCAAUUUUAGAAUAAGGCUUUAACGUAACAAUGUGGGAAAAGUCAAGGGGUCUGAAUUCUUUCCGAAUGCACUGUAUAAAUCAUAUUCAUGAAAAACAAGUGUAGUCCAGCCUAUAGGCCUAUGUCAUUGAUUGAAAUGACUGGAAAUCUUAAUCUGUGGCCUUAAACCAAGGUGUUUUUUCUCCCUGUCAGCCAGAGAGCAGCCCUACAUGGUCAUGCCUUUGUGUGUGUGUGUGUGUGUGUGUGUGUGUGUGUGUGUGUGUGUGUGUGUGUGUGUGUGUGUGUGUGUGUGUGUGUGUGUGUGUGUGUGGCCAGGCAUUAUCUCAGUGAAAAGGGUCAUUGUGUUGUUCCCACACUGUCUGGAGAGCAAGGUGGGUGGACUUCCUCUGCACUCGCCCGGCGAUGCCUGGCAGGGGCUCUGAAGUUUCCAUUGACUGGUAACAAAAUAGUGAGUGGGAGAGCGAGUGUGUGAGGGGGGGCAGUGGAUCCCAGGCUGCACGAGCUGCUGAGAGGCAUAUGCUCUUCACUUCAAGUAAAUUAAUGUGCUUUUUUCCUUCUCUACUCUCUGUGUCUUGUCUAGUCGUAAUGGGAUUGGUUGUGUGUAGCAAACUCGCCGAGAACAGAGGAAGGGGAGGGCGGGAGGCUGUUCUGGGGGGCCAGUAAAGAGACUCUCUACCUCCCCCUCCUCUGCUCUCCUCUCCAUCCGACAGGAAGUUGCUCGCUAGAUUAAUGCCUGUUGGGGGAAGGGAAGCGUUGUCGGCUCACUGGGACAGAGAAACUGGGAGAGGGACGGAGAGAGAAGGAGAGGGAGCCAUGGAGGUCCUGCUGGUUCCCCUCUGUAGAGCGACAGGUAAACAAGAGCUGUUGGUUCCAACGAUAGAUGGAAAGACGAUUUUAGCAACUUUUAAUGACUUAACGCACUUGACUCUGUUUCUCCCAAUUGUUAGUCUGGACUUUUAUACAAGGAUGUUGUAGUUUGCUAGUUCUGCCUGUAUGGUUAGGCUGUGUUCAUUUCUGAAUGAAAGAAAGAUGUGUUGACUUGUCAUAGUUCCUUAAUGGUUUGAUUGCGCUCAUUGAGGUUGUUUCAGAAUCUCUGAUUCCCGGGCACUAAAUGUGAUGUUUUAUGUUUUGUUGCCAUCUAGGGUUUUCUUGAAUGUAGUUGCCCAAAGUGGGUGCAUUUGUUUUUAUAGUGGUUUAGCCUGCAACAGCAGUUUUCUGUCGAGUAUCAGGAUUCAUUGAGAAGGCGGGUGCUGUCCAAGUGCUGCAGGCAGGGAACAUGACGACUGGUCAAAACACCUCUCUUUUAUUGACUUGUUUUGCUCCAACGUGCGCUGCACUUUGGCCAACAACUGAAACAAUUGAAUGAAGUAUCACAGGAUAAGGGACAAUGCACCAGCAGGAAGGUCAAUAUUAUUGAUGACAAGCAUGAGAUGAUUGAUUUAAAAAGCCUCAGGAAAGUGGUGUUUGUGCAUUUGAGAUUUAAGUCCAAGGUCCAAAGAUAACUCUCCUCUACAUAUAAUUCUUAGAAGGACCUUGGUUUCUACCUGGAAGCACCUUUUCAGGUCUUUAUACUAUGCUUAGGAUUGAUGUUUCUCUACAGUGGUCAACUCCGUUAUAGCCUGUCUUUGAUGGUUAAGGAAGUUUAGUAAUAUGAAUGAGUGCACAGUAUAAUCCAUCAGUGCAUAUUUGUGGUGUGGUUGUACAGUCUCUCACACCUUUCCCUCCAAGCACCAUCUCAAUCUGUUUUUGUAUUAAUUCUAAAGCAGUUCAUGAAAACUCAUGUUUUUAAUUACAGAGCCUGUGUGUGUGUUUGUGCCUUAUCUUUUUGAGUCAGAAAGAGGGAGAGAGGGAGCGACAGCUACUCAGCUGUAUUCUAAUGAGGGAGCCCUUCCUUAUUGUUGCACCUUAAAGGAGAGAGUGGCGGCCACAUUCCAGUGCAGGGAGGGAGAGAUAGGGGCCCUCAUUUCUGUUGGGCCUGAGGAGGGGACGACACAGUCUGGGCCAGCCCGUCUCCAUCCUGGACCUCACUGGAUGAAGCUAGUAGGGCCUGGGGUGUUUCUAGGCCCUAGUUAAUAUAAUGGCCUAAAACCAGGGCACAGAGUUUUUCCUUGUCAGGUGGUCAAAUAAAAUGUUCUUUGCUGCGUACAUAUAUUUUGCAGAUGUUAUCGCUGGUGUACUGAAAUGCUUAUGUUCCUAGCUCCAACAGUGCAGUAAUACCUAACAAUACAAAACAAUACACGCAAAUCCAAAAAUAAUUAAGAAAUAUAGAAAUAUUAGAACAAGCAAUGUCAGAGUCCGGAAUAUAUAAAUAUGUAUAUGAUGGUGUAUAUAGACAUUAUGGACAGUGUGACCUUUCUGUGACACCGGGUGCUGUAGAUGUCCUGGAGGGCAGACAGUGUGCCCCCGGUGAUGCGUUGAGCUGACUGCUCCACCCUCUGGAGAGCCCUGCGGUUGCAGAAAGUGCAAUUGCUGUAUCAGGCGGUGAUACAACCCGACUUUCAAUGGUGCAUCUGUAGAAGUUUGUAAGGGUCUUAGGGGCCAAGCUGAAGUCCACGAUCAGCUCCUUCGUUUUGUUGUAUUUGUAUUUAUUAUGGAUCCCCAUUAGCUGCUGCCAAGGCAGCAGCUACCCUUCCUGGGGUCCAGGAGCAUUGAGGGCAAGGUUAUUUUCCUGGCACCACUCUGCUAGGGCCCUCACCUCCUCCCUGUAGGCUGUCUCGUCAUUGUUGGUAAUCAGGCCUACCAAAGUUGUGUCUGCAAACUUGAUGAUUGAGUUAGAGAUCAGCGUAGCGGAGGUGUUGUUACCUAUCUUCACCACCUGGGGUCGGCAAGUCAGGAAGUCCAGGACCCAGAUGCACAGGGCAGGGUUCAGACCCAGGGUCCCGAGCUUAGUCAGUCACUUGGUCAGGAAAAACUCCCAGCCCAAAGAAUCAGGCCAUGCUGCCAGUGAGUAGGCUAGAUAUCCCAGAAACACAGAACAGCUCAAAAGUAUUAGGCUGUAAUGUUAGCCCCACUUCUAACAAUGGGAGGCUGUAUGUGGUGGGGAGUUCACGGCUUACGCUAGUUGAGGAUUGUUUGUAUGUGUGUGUCUGUGUGCCCUGUGUAGGAGUCGUAUGGAUUGGGAGGGGGUUCAUCCACAUCCUGCCAAAAAAUGUUCUCUGACGUUGAGGAGACAGUAGUGUGUGUGUUCAUCUUUCUUCACUGUGUCAUCAGUACAGCCUUUGUGUACAUUUACAUACAUCACGCUCUAAGUUAUUAAAAUGUUCAUUCAAAUCACUGCCCUAAGGGAAAAUAUAUUUUAAAAAAUCUCUAAAAUGCAGAUCAGGUCACAUGGUUAGGAACAACAACAACUGUGUGAAUGUUCACUCUUCUGUUCACUUCCACAGCUCCGGCGUUCAAGACAACUGCUUGUUGAUUGCCCAUUGGGCCAGGUGUGAAUGAAACCUACCAAACCAGUUUCAAUGUAAUUGCAAUGGAAAGUGGCAGCCAUCCACGGUUAAAGGACUAUCAGCAUGCAAUUAAAGAUACACUAUGUAGAAAUCGACAAGCAAGGAUAGUGUAGAGAAUCAUUGUACCAUUUAAACUUCUGUGAAAUAUAUUUUUCAUUACCAAAAAUAUUUCAUUUUCAUCAGUUUAAAGCUGGUGUACAAAACCGAAAGUUAAGACGCAAACAUGAAACUAAGAACGGGAAGCAUAGAAAGAAUGCACAUAGAUCUACCGUUUCUUAGACUUGCUUUCAAUGAGUGACAGAUUUAUAUACACAUUUCUAUGUGAAUUUGGUCAGAUCACCCAAAAAGUGACACAUUGCAGCUUGAAGUAUACUAAGUUGAGAGCCUGGGAGAGGGUUUUGUGCUAGCAGGGACAGUCAUGCACGUGUUUUUACAUAAUGUUGUAGGUUAACAGGAAGGAAACCGAUAUCACAAUAUGCCUUGCUGAUAUCGAUAUAAUAUCAUAUGCCAUUUAGCUGACGCUUUUAUCCAAAGCAACUUAGUCAUGCAUGCAUUUUUCAUAUGAGUGCUCUCAGCGGGAAUCAAUCCCACACCCCAGGCAUUUAAAAAUGCUUCUUUAUUGUUAAAACCUUGGUAAACCAAUUGUUUAAAUCUUUCUUAGCAAUUGGUAAAACAUUCAAAAAAAAAAAAAAUAUAUAUAUAUAAUAAUAAUAAUAAUAACAUUUUUUUUAAAUAACUUACAGUGGGGAGAACAAGUAUUUGAUACACUGCCGAUUUUGCAGGUUUUCCUACUUACAAAGCAUGUAGAGGUCUGUAAUUUUUAUCAUAGGUACACUUCAACUGUGAGAGACGGAAUCUAAAACAAAAAUCCAGAAAAUCACAUUGUAUGAUUUUUAAGUAAUUAAUUUGCAUUUUAUUGCAUGACAUAAGUAUUUGAUACAUCAGAAAAGCAGAACUUAAUAUUUGGUACAGAAACCUUUGCUUGCAAUUACAGAGAUCAUACGUUUCCUGUAGGUCUUGACCAGGUUUGCACACACUGCAGCAGGGAUUUUGGCCCACUCCUCCAUACAGACCUUCUCCAGAUCCUUCAAGUUUCGGGGCUGUCGCUGGGCAAUACGGACUUUCAGCUCCCUCCAAAGAUUUUAUAUUGGGUUCAGGUUUGGAGACUGGAUAGGCCACUCCAGGACCUUGAGAGGCUUCUUACGGAGCCACUCCUUAGUUGCCCUGGCUGUGUGUUUCGGGUUGUUGUCAUGCUGGAAGACCCAGCCACGACCCAUCUUUAAUGCUCUUACUGAGGGAAGGAGGUUGUUGGCCAAGAUCUCGCGUUACAUGGCCCCAUCCAUCCUCCCCUCAAUACGGUGCACGGUUGGGAUGGUGUUCUUGGGGUUGUACUCAUCCUUCUUCUUCCUCCAAACACGGCGAGUGGAGUUUAGACCAAAAAGCUCUAUUUUUGUCUCAUCAGACCACAUGACCUUCUCCCAUUCCUCCUCUGGAUCAUCCAGAUGGUCAUUGGCAAACUUCAGACAGGCCUGGACAUGCGCUGGCUUGAGCAGGGGGACCUUGCGUGCGCUGCAGGAUUAUAAUCCAUGACAGCAUAGUGUGUUACUAAUGGUUUUCUUUUGAGACUGUGGUCCCAGCUCCCUUCAGGUCAUUGACCAGGUCCUGCCGUGUAGUUCUGGGCUGAUCCCUCACCUUCCUCAUGAUCAUUGAUGCCCCACAAGGUGAGAUCUUGCAUGGAGCCCCAGACCGAGGGUGAUUGACCGUCAUCUUGAACUUCUUCCAUUUUCUAAUAAUUGCGCCAACAGUUGUUGCCUUCUCACCAAGCUGCUUGCCUAUUGUCCUGUAGCCCAUCCCAGCCUUGUGCAAGUCUACAAUUUUAUCCCUGAUGUCCUUACACAGCUCUCUGGUCUUGGCCAUUGUGGAGAGGUUGGAGUCUGUUUCAUUGAGUGUGUGGACAGGUGUCUUUUAUACAGGUAACGAGUUCAAACAGGUGCAGUUAAUACAGGUAAUGAGUGGAGAACAGGAGGGCUUCUUAAAGAAAAACUAACAGGUCUGUGAGAGCCGGAAUUCUUACUGGUUAUUAGGUGAUCAAAUACUUAUGUCAUGCAAUAAAAUGCAAAUUAAUUACUUAAAAAUCAUACAAAUGUGAUUUUCUGGAUUUUUGAUCAAAUAAAAAUUACAGAACUCUACAUGCUUUGUAAGUAGGAAAACCUGCAAAAUCGGCAGUGUAUCAAAUACUUGUUCUCCCCACUGUACAUUUGUCUAGGGAGACAUUGGAUUUGUUUUUCCCAAUGAGGAACAUUUCAAAUAGUUUUUCCCUUUACCCUGUUUUUCAGGCAAUAUAUCACUUAUGACGUCGUCUAACUACAGCCCAGUAACAAAGAUCACACUAGGAGCAGUCAAUGCCAAUAUGGGGAGCCAGAUGGUGAGUGUUUUGUACAAAUGUAUCUAUCAAUCAAAUGUAUUUUAUUAAGCUCUUUUUACAUCAGCAGUGCUUUAAAUUUACCCAGCCUAAAACCUGAAAGUUCAAGCAAUGCAGAGGCAGAAGCACCGUGGCUAGGAAAAACUCCCUAGAAGGCAUAUGUAAAAUGUAUACAGUGCAUUCAUUCUAACAUUGAUUAAAUAGUUUUUUUCCCCUCAUCAAGCUACACACAAUACCCCAUAAUGACAAGCAAAUACUUUUUUUUUUCUUUUCUUUCUCUCACAUUUAUACAAAUAAAAAAAACGGAAAUAUAACAUUUACAUAAAUCUGAGGUCCUACUGUACUUGAUUAUAAGAGGGAUGUGCAUUGUGUAGAUUUGAGGCUAGUGUGUGUACAUGCUCUGAUUGGCUACUGAAGGGUUAGAAUAAAAACAUCUAAUUGUAAAAAAUGUAUUGUCCACACAAUGUGGAAAUACACCUUUGGAAAUGUGCACAGUAUGAUUCAUUUCAAUGAAUAAAUAUUGUGUAGUUUACUUAGGCUAUUACUUCCACAGUUUGCCUGGUUUCAGUUCAGGUAUUGUUUUGAACAGUGACCUUUGUAGACUACUGUUUUGUUAGUCUGCUGUCUUGUAUCAGAUGUAUGCUAUCUUUACAGCAUGUCAUUUUAGCAAGCGUGCGCUAUAUUAAAAAAACAAACAAUGAUGAACUAUGAAGAAAUUCACUGUGUCCUUAGUUUUUUAUUAUGAUAAGGUACGGCUGUUGUAAUUCCAGCAAGGUAUUUAGAGUGCAUUCGGAAUGGAUUCAGAUCCCUUGACAUUUUCCACAUUGUUACGUUACAGCCUUAUUCUAAAAUGUAUUAAAUAUAUAUAACAAUACCCAAUAAUGACAAAGCAAAAAUAGGUUUUUAGAAAUGUUUGCAAAUGUAUUAUAAAUAAAAAACGGAAAUAUUACAUUUACAUAAGUAUUCAGACCCUUUACUCAGUACUUUGUUGAAGCACCUUUGUCAGCGAUUACAGCCUCGAGUCUUCUAAGGUAUGACGCUCCAAGCUUGGUAAACCUGUAUUUGGGGAGUUUCUCACAUUAUUCUCUGCAGUUCCUCUCAAGCUCUGUCAGGUUGGAUGGGGAGCGUCGCUGCCCAGCUAUUUACAGGUCUCUCCAGAGAUGUUCGACAGGCUCAAGUCCGGGCUCUGGCUGGGCCACUCAAGGACAUUCAGAGGGUCGUUGUCCUGUUGGAAGGUGAACCUUCACCCCAGUCUGGGGUCCUGAGCUCUCUGGAGCAGGUUUUCAUCAAGGAUCUCUCUGUACUUUGCCCCAUUAAUCGUUCCCUUGAUACUGACUAGUCUCCCAGUCCCUGCCUGCUGAAAAACAUCCCCACAGCAUGAUGCUGCCACCACCAUGCUUCACCGUAAGGAUGGUGCUAGGUUUCCUCCAGAAGUGUCACUUGGCAUUCACGCCAAAGAGUUCAAACUUGGUUUCAUGAGACCAGAGAAUCUUGAUUCUCAUUGUCUGAGAGUCCUUUGGGUGUCUUUUGGCAAACUCCAAGUGGGCUGUCAUGUGCCUUUUAAUGAGGAGUGGCUUCUGUCUGGCCACUCAACCAUAAAGGCCUGAUUGGUGGAGUGCUGCAGAGAUGGUUGUUCUUCUGGAAGGUUCUCCCAUCUCCACAGAGGAGCUCUGUCAGAGUGACCAUCAGGUUCUCGAUCACCUCCCUGACCAAGGCCCUUCUCCCCAGAUUGCUCAGUUUGGCUGGGCGGUCAGCUCUAAGAUGAGUAUUGGUGGUUCCAAACUUCUUCCAUUUAAGAAUGAUGGAGUGCCACUGUGUUCUUGGGGACCUUCAAUGCUGCAGAAAUGUUUUGGUGUCCUUCCCCAGAUCUGUGCCUUGACACAAUCCUGUCUCGGAGCUCUACGGAUAAUUCCUUCGACCUCAUGGCUUGGUUUUUGCUCUGACAUGCACUGUCAACUGUAGGACCUUAUAUAGACAGUUGUGUGCCUUUCCAAAUCAUGUCCAAUCAAUUGAAUGUACCACAUUUGGACUCCAAUCAAGUCGUAGAAACAUCUCAAGUAUGAUCAAUGGAAACAGGAUGCACCUGAGCUCAAUGUUGAUUCUUAUAGCAAAGGGUCUGAAUACUUCUUUAAAUAAGGUAUUUCUGUUUUUUAUAUUUAUUAAAUUUGCAAAAAUGUCUAAAAACCUGUUUUCGUUAUUGUCAUUAUGGGGUAUUGUGUGUAGAUGGAUGAGGGGGAAAACAUAUUUAAUCCGUUUUAAAAUAAGGCUGUAACGUAAGAAAAUGUGGAAAUGUGGAAAUAGGGAAAGGGUCUGAAUACUUUCCGAAUGCACUGUAAAUAAGAACCCCUCUUUAAUGAUCUUAAAGGGACUCCUAAGGUUUAUAUGGAAUGGUAUGGAACUUUUGGGAUUAGUGCUGUGGGACAGCCUGACUGUAGGACACUCCCAAUAUCUGACAAACUUGGAUGUUGGAGUGUUGUAUCCCUUUAAUAAGGACCAUAUAGCUAGCUGGUCAAGGCUCUCUUGUAUGCUACUACAUCUCAGGUCCAGACACACAGGUAGAUAACAGCUAACUUUUCAGAAGACUUCAGGUGAAUCUUCAUGUGCAUGUAGUCUAAAGGUGCUUCCUUUCUUCAACUCCUUUCGUUCAUCUAAACUGAUGUGAAAUAACCUGACACUGGUUCAUCUGCCCUUGAAGGAGAGAAGAUGAGGAAUGCAGUCCAUGUCAGGCUAUUGAGAUGCAGGCACACCUUAACUUCUGCUUUUAGUGGUCCAACCUGCUUUACUAUACCCUCGCAGGCAAGCAGGUGUGUCUCACUUACACCAGGGGCCACAUGGUGGCAGCCUAACAAAAGGCUGUGCACUGUGGUGAUGCUAAAUAUUCUGCAUAUAGGCCAGAAGUUCUGCAUAUAUUGAGCACAAUAUAGGAAAUAGGGUGGCAUUUGAGACACAGCCUUUGUGUUUCAGUGAGUGAUUCACUCAGACACGCACACACUCUCCAGGGUUUAGGGGGGAUGGGGACAUGUCCAAUAAGAAUGCUGAAUUAAACAUGUAAGAAAAUGAACAUUUCUUAUUGGGCGUCCAGGUGGUCCCUCUCUCUCCCGGUUUCAGUCCGUUUUGGUGCCUAAAACCAUUUUGGUGCCUCUUGUACACUCAUGGUUAUGAACACAACCCAGGCUGAUUGAUUGUUCAGAUAGUCAGAUCAAAUAAAAUUGUAUUCGUCACAUGCUUCGUUAACAGCAGGUGUAGACUAACAGUGGAAUUGUUACUUACCCCUUCGCAACAAUGCAGAGAGAAUGAAAAUAGAGAAAUAAUAGAAAAGUAAUAAUAAAUACACAAUGAGUAAUGAAAGCUUGGCUGAAUACACGCUGAGUCGAUGUGCAGGGGUAUGAGGUAAUUGAGGUAGAUAUGUACAUUUAACUAGGAAUAAAGUGACUAGGCAACAGGAUAGAUAAUAAACCGUAGCAACAGGUGUGUGAUAAGUCAAAGUUAGUGCAAAAAUGGUAAAUGCAGAUAGUUAAAUAGGUAACCAAAUAGCUACCCAGACUAACUAUUUAGCAGCCUUAUGGCUUGGGGGUAGAAUCUGUUCAGGCUUCUGUUAGUUCCAGACUUGGGUGCAUCAGUACCACUUGCUAUGCGGUAGCAGCACAAACAGUCUGACUUGGGUGGCUGGAGCCGUAAAACAUUUUUAGGGCCUUCCUCUGACACUGGCUGGUAUAGAGGUCUUGGAUGGCAGGGAGCUCGGCCCCAGUGAUGGAAUGGGCCAUGCACACUACCCUCUGUAGCGUCUUGAGUUCGGAUGCCGUUGCCAUAUCAAGCGGUGAUGCAGCCAGUCAAGAGGCGUUGUCGUGCCCUCUUCACGACUGUGUUGGUGGGUGUGGACCAUGGUAGAUCCUUAGGCAUGUGGACACAGAGGUAAUUGAAGCUCUCGACCCGCUCCACUACAGCCCCGUCAAUGUGAAUGGGGGUGUGCUUGGCCCUCCGUUUCCUGUAGUCCACGAUCAGCUCCUUUAUCUUGCUGACGUUGAGGUAGAGGUUGUUGUCCUGGCAACACACUGCCAGGUCUCUGACCAGUGUUGCAUUCGAGACCACCUUAAGCGAGACUGAUCCAAGACCAAGACCUGGAGGGGGACAAGGGGUCCGAGAGAGUCAAGACCGAGACCAGAAAAAUGCAAGUCCAAUUCAAGAGCGUGAUUGUAAUUUUGUCAAAUCACCACCAUAAUAAGAGUUCAAAACGUCCAGUUUUUCUGUGUUCAUAUUUCAGAACAACAUAUGGAUUCUUUAGACAUUCAGAAUAGUGAAAAAAAUGCAUGCUGAGGGAAAAUAAAGCCACUCUACAAAUUAUUACUAACCCAAAUACAGUGGGGAACAAUGGGCCUUCUACGCCUUCAGAGAAGGGCAAAGGAUUUAUAUAAUAAUUAUUAUAAAAAUAUUAUAAUAAUGAUGAUAAUUAUAUUAUUAUUUUCAAUGAUGUUUUGAUUUAAUCUCUUCAGUUUCUGUUGGAAAGGGUUAACACUGAAGAGAAAAAAAUAUCCAAUCAGGAUUUUAUUUUGCUGGUCUCUGGAGAGAUAAAUCUAGCUAGCUAAAUCAGCCAAUUGGCUAGGCCAUCAGAAGCUAGAUAAUAAUAAUAAUAAGCCAUUUAGCAGACGCGUUUUUCCAAAGCGACUUACAGUGAUGCGUGCAUAUUUUUUUUUAACGUAUGGGUGGUCCCGGGGAUCGAACCCACUACCCUGGCAUUACAAGCGCCAUGCUCUACCAAUUGAGCUACAGAGGACCAUCUGCCAUUCAACUGUAUUAGGGAAACAUUUUGCAGUGACAGUGGAAUCACAUUAUGACCUUCUUGAAGGCCAACAGGUCACUGCGCAAUUGUGAGCAAUAGUUUUUCCAUGGUCUAGCUAGCUAGCUUUUGUUGUCGGCUAGUUUGCAGCGUCUGCAGCAGGUGUUGUCAAAGAGGAUGUUGUUGCUAAUUUGUUAGCUUCUCCCUUUUCAAGAAUAACUUUCAUCAAGAAGUUAAGUUUCAAAUGAUCAUCAUCUGGUGAGUUGAACUGUGUUUUUUGUUGCAGCUCGCUUGCUGCUGUUAGCCAUCUCUUUGAAAAUAACUUAUGUGUGUGAAACAUUUUUGCAUUUAAAGUGGAACUGACAGCAUUUUAGCAACAUGAAAUUGUUUUAAAAUCUGUUCAUAAACACCCCCAGGAAGAAUUACAUUUAAAAAAAAAACAUUUUCUUACAAGCAAUCACUUAGAUAUGGUCAUUUUCACAUUUUCAUAAAUUCUUAGAAUGUUUGUGAAUUAUGUAUACUAAGGCAUUUGUGAAAAUUCUAUAGCAAUAUAGAGUGGGAAAGUGGCCAUGUGUUUGGACAAUUAAUAGACACUGCAGUAAAAAAAACACGAAUAAAAACAACUGUCUUGUCCAGGACAGAAGUCUACACAGACCAGUGCGCUAUAGCCAAUCAGAGCUACAGUAGGCCUUUGUACAAACAAGCCAUUUGCCACACGGCCCUGCCAUCAUUCACUUUUAACCUUACUGUGUGUUUACAGGCAGUUGCAACAGUGUGACUUUACAUCAUUAGAACGCAUUCGCCAAAAGCCACAAAAUACACCUUAAUGGAUUUCUGCAAAUAUGUAAACACAACAGGAGUCUUCUUACAUUUGAGAACUUUACAGUCCUAUUGAUCAAACAACCAUGAAAAGGUAGGCUCUCUCUCCCUCAGUUAUGCACAUCAACAACAACAAGAUCAACAACUAAUGCUCGCCAGAGCAUGAUGAGCUAAAAUAUAAUGAAGGAACAUUAGAUAAACCCUCUCAAACUUUUUCAGCUAGUUGGCCGUCAAAAUUGCACUGAUAAACUAUGGGGAAUUGUAGCCUCCUCGUCCUUCUGCAGCUUGCCUGCCAAUGCAUGCUUGUCCCAACCAAGCACCCAUGCUAACUGGCUAAAGUUGGCUAGUUUGCUAGCUAGCUACUUCCAGACACAAAUGAGAGAACAUCUCACUCUGACCAUUUUACUCAUAGUAGCAGAGCUGGUUAGGCUGUUUACAUGUUAUCUAGAGCGUUCUUGACUAACUAUUACUUUUUUUGCCUACGUUUAUUGACACUGGUCAUAUUCAGUGGGUGUUGCAUGUUCGUAAAUUCAUCAGUUCUGCGCUCUGGCACACUCGGACGAGAGUGCUCUGAAAUCGGAGUAGAUAGCCAGAGUGAAUUUGAAAACGCAAGAGAUAUGCCAACUGGAUAAGUUGUUCAGGUUAUUGCUAGCUAACCAAAUGACACCUGGAACUCUAGCUUUGUAUAGCCACCGAAAAACAAUAUGAGGGGGAAAAGUCAGUCACUCACCCACUCCUCCAAUGGCAUGUUUUUAGCUUGCUACAUAAAUAGAUAUGCUAGCCUAUUAGCCACAUUAUGACUGACUUGUGAUCAUUGCCCUUGCUACUUUGAUUGUAUUGACAUUCACAGCGUUAGUUACAUUCAACCAUUUUUGUCCAGAAUAUUGCGUCAUUGAAACUGAAACAAUGCAUCCCGAAUGGAGGCAGCAAACAAUGUACCAGGCCAACUGUGAUUUACAACCUGAUAGCAAUAGUUUUUGGACUACCAAUAAAUGUAUUGGUGAAUUAUAUUAAUCAUGCAUUGAAUUGCAUCCAUCUAUUCUGCAAACUAUGCCUUAGUGUACGUCAUGGAACGUUGAGUCAACCUCUUAAAGUUGGUUUUGUAGCAUAAACUGGUAAUAUUAUAUUUUUGACUGAUGUUAUGAUUGUCUGCAAAGUAGUUAAAACGCUGUCAGUUCCACUUUAAACUUCAGGUCACUGGUUACUUCGUGUGCUAAACACGAAAUGCUUUUUGCAAUGGGAAGUAAUAGUUGUACAUUUCGAUUGGGAAAUGCUUAAUGGUUGUGUUUUUGUAUUCUUAUGAUUGGGACCUACUGGCUUAUUAUGUCAGAGUUUAUGGAAUGCUUAUCCUUUAACAUAAUGCUGUGUGUGACUGCUGUCUUUCCAUUGGCCCUAUACAGUGGUGCAGUGGUGCCUGGAGAAGUGGGUAUACUCUAAUUUUGCCAAAGAGUUCACAAAUGGCCCGCCCAGCGAAGGAAAGGCACCUGUGAAAAAUCCUAUGUUUAAAAAGAAAAAGGUUUUCCUAUAGAUUUUUACUGAUUCUCACUCUCAAAAUCACACUUAUUUUUAUAGAAAAAGUACACAUUUGACGGUUCAAGUCCACAACAAUGCUUAAACCACAUCAAUCUGAUUGGGUGGGCCUGUCAGAAGGGAUUAAUAACUGAGUAUACGCAAUGCCCAUUGAAAAUAAAGUGUGGCUUGCAAAGUAUCACGGAUUACUAAUGGAAACCCAGCCACUAGCUGCCCAGUGACGCUAGCCUACCUGACACGCUAAAUGCCUCUUAUGCUCGCUUUGAGGCAAGCAAUACUGAACCAUGUAUAAGAGCACCAGCUGUUCCGGAUGACUGUGUGAUCAUGCUCUCCGUAGCCGAUGUGAGUAAGACCUUUAAACAGGUUAACAUUCACAAGGCUACAGGGCCAGACGGAUUACCAGGACGCGUACUAAGAGCAUGCACUGACCAGCUGGCAAGUGUCUUCACUGACAUUUUCAACCACUCCCUAACCCAGUCUGUAAUACCUACAUGUUUCAAGCAGACCACCAUAAUCUCUGUGCCCAAGAACGCCAAGGUAACCCUUUAACCCGUAACACUCACAUCUGUAGCCAUGAAAUGCUUUGAAAGGCUGGUCAUUGCUCACAAAACCAUCAUCCCAGACAUCCUGGACCCACUCCAAUUCGCAUAUCGCCCAACAGAUCCACAGAUGAUGCAAUCUCUAUUGCACCACACACUGCCCUCUCCCACCUGGACAAGAGGAACACCUACAGUGAGGGAAAAAAGUAUUUGAUCCCCUGCUGAUUUUGUACGUUUGCCCACUGACAAAGAAAUUAUCAGUCUAUAAUUUUAAUGGUAGGUUUAUUUGAACAGUGAGAGACAGAAUAACAACAAAAGAAUCCAGAAAAACGCAUGUCAAAAUUUUUAUAAAUUGAUUUGCAUUUUAAUGAGGGAAAUAAGUAUUUGACCCCCUCUCAAUCAGAAAGAUUUCUGGCUCCCAGGUGUCUUUUAUACAGGUAACGAGCUGAGAUUAGGAGCACACUCUUAAAGGGAGUGCUCCUAAUCUCAGCUUGUUACCUGUAUAAAAGACACCUGUCCACAGAAGCAAUCAAUCAAUCAGAUUCCAAACUCUCCACCAUGGCCAAGACCAAAGAGCUCUCCAAGGAUGUCAGGGACAAGAUUGUAGACCAACACAAAGCUGGAAUGGGCUACAAGACCAUCGCCAAGCAGCUUGGUGAGAAGGUGACGACAGUUGGUGCGAUUAUUCGCAAAUGGAAGAAACACAAAAUAACUGUCAAUCUCCCUCGGCCUGGGGCUCCAUGCAAGAUCUCACCUCGUGGAGUUGCAAUGAUCAUGAGAACGGUGAGGAAUCAGCCCAGAACUACACGGGAGGAUCUUGUCAAUGAUCUCAAGGCAGCUGGGACCAUAGUCACCAAGAAAACAAUUGGUAACACACUACGCCGUGAAGGACUGAAAUCCUGUCUUUGUCAGUGGGCAAACGUACAAAAUCAGCAGGGGAUCAAAUACUUUUUUCCCUCACUGUACAUACAUACAUACACACAUACAUACACAUACAUAACCCUUAAAAAAUAUAUAUAUAUUCCCCUUUCCAACCCCACCACCCUUUCCCUACUUGGAGUAAACUAGUGAACAACAAUGCUUAGGCCUCUACUUCCAGUUUAUACCUACUAUCUACAUUUUAUGGAGACAGUCAAUUUUACAAUAAUUAUAUAUAUAUUUUUUUUUUUCUCCUGAACUUCCUCUACUCUCAACCUCUCCGAUCAUUUUCAUGAUGUCCAUCCGGUUUGCUUCUAUAUGCCAUAUAUUUCUAACUGUGCUCUUUCACAAAAGCUCCCAACCUACAACCUAUAUACUUAUCAUGGACACAGUAUGCUUACAUUAUUAGUUAUCUUGUUAUUAUUUGUUGUUAGUUGUUAUUAGUCCCAUCCUUCAAUUCCAUUCAACACCUCCCAUCUAUCCUGUUAUUGUUACUCAUUGUGUAUUUAGUAUUACUUUUAUUAUUACGUGGUAUUACUUUUCUAUUAUUUCUCGAUUUUUCUCUCUCUACGUUGUUGGGAAGGGCCCAUAAGUAAGCAUUUCACUGUUAGUCUACGCCUGUUGUUUACGAAGCAUGUGACAAAUAACAUUUGAUUUGAUUGGAGGAAAGAAGGAGUCCCCUGGACUGUGAUGGGUUGAUAGCAGAGGCAUGGCAACACUGCUAUAUAGUGUGAAACAGACAGUGUGACAAUUUCAAUGUAUGCAAUUAGCAUAAAAGAGUGUGAUUGAGUUGAGCGAUUAAGCUAGUAAAUUGGCUUUUUUCUAAUUGAUUGGCUAUAAUGUUACGUUCACGGAAAUACAGCCACUGCUGCAGGUUUUUUGUUCUUCAUGAAAGCCAUCUGUUGGGAUUCUGUCAAUAAGAGUUAAGAGUCGAGUCGAUGAUCAGAGGUGUAUUCACCAGGUACCAAAUGAAAGCAUACGCUCCGAAUGUCUGAAUUUGUCCAAUAACAAAUUCUCGUUUUCGUUACAAAACGUCUUCCUUUGCGAAGUGUUUUGCUACGGUGUGUGCUAAUGAAUACACCCCAGAUCUCCCAUCCUCUUCCAGUGUGGUAGUGUAAAAGAAAGGUCUGGCUCGGAGGAGAAGGAAUAGCGUGUGGGGGACUGCAGACUGACUGUAGCAUGCUAUAAUUAGCUGGGGUUAUUAUUAGCACUCUGCUGCGUCCUGCUGAUCUUGUCUCUUUUGUUGGGCUCCGGCUUCGAGACACUUCUGCAUAGCAGGCCUCUCAAAUAUUACACCCAACCUGAUCCUGCUCAGUGCUCAGUCACCACACAGAGAAUCACCCACUUCUUGGCACAGAAUCUGUUCUCAAUGACUCACCUGGGCGGUGUUCAUUAGAGCGUCAAACGGAAUAUGUUUUGAAACUGAAAACAAAAAUGAGGGCUUCAGGUUGCCCUUCCCUUUUUAUUUUUUUAUUUGGUGCCUAAUGAACAGGACCCUGUGUCACGCCCUGGCUCGGGGGACUCUCGUAUGUUGAGCCAGGGUGUUAGUUUCUAUGUUUUGUGUUGUAGGUUGUGGGUCUAGUUUUGCAUUUCUAUGUUGGCCAGGGUGGCUCCCAAUCAGAGACGGCCGUAGCUCGUUGUCUCUGAUUGGGAGCCAUACUUAGGUAGCCGUUAGGCAUUCGUUUGGUGUGGUUUCUUGUUCCGUGUUGGUUUGUGUAUGUAACCAGGGACGUCACGUUAUCGUUUUGUUCGUGUGAUCAUUAUUUAAAAUAAAAUAUGUUCGCAUUCCACGCUGCGCCUUGGUCCUCUCUUCCCGACGAUCGUGACAGAAGAAACCACCAAAACUGGACCAAGCAGCGUGUCCAGGAGCCAUCGCCAGGAGAAUCUCUAGCGGAUCUCCUGUGCCACCUCGACUGGGUCAAGCCGUGUGAGGAGGAGAGAGGCUGGAGUUGGAAGCAGAAGAGCGAGAGUUGGGCGAGAACUAUGGAGGCCUGGCCCACGGGGAGGAGAGACCCCCAGAAAAGUUUUAGGGGGGGGGCUCACGCCGUGGACGACGGGGCAGCAGGAGGCCGCGAUAGAGCGGUUAGUAGAGGAGGCCGCCAGGUUACGGGGGCCACUGGUCACAAAAGGGGAGGAAAGUGUAGAGGCACGGCGAGAGGUACUGGGGUGUGUUACCAGUCCGGUCCGGCCUGUUCCUGAUCCCCGCGUAGGGGCCAGUGGUGUGUGUCCCUAGUACGGUCCGGCCUGUUCCUGUGCCUCGCACCGAGCCUGUGGUGCGCGUCGCCAGCCCGGUUCGGCCCGUCCCUGCUCCCCGCACCAAGCCAAUGGUGCGCGUCGCCAGCCCGGCCCGGCCUGUUCCUGCUCCCCGCACCAAGCCAAUGGUGUGCGUCGCCAGCCCUGCCCGGCCUGCUCCUGCUCCCCGCACCAAGCAAAUGGUGCGCGUCGCCAGCCCGGCCUGGCCUGUUCCUGCUCCCCGCACCAAGCCUAUGGUGUGCGUCGCCAGCCCGGCCCGGCCUGUUCCUGCUCCCCACACCAAGCCAAUGGUGCGCGUCGCCAGCCCGGUUCGGCCCGUCCCUGCUCCCCGCACCAAGCCAAUGGUGCGCGUCGUCAGUCCGGUUCGGUUCGGCCCGUCCCUGCUCCCCGCACCAAGCCAAUGGUGCGCGUCGUCAGCCCUGUCCGGCCCGUCCCUGCUCCCCACACCAAGCCUGUGGUGCGCGUCGUCAGUCCGGCACAGCCCGUGCCUGUUCCACCUGUGCCUGGUCCGGCACCGGUCAGCUGCUCCACUCCGGAGCUAGAGCAAUCCGCUCCACCAGUGUUCAGUCCAGCUCCGGCCAGCAGGGCCAGACCGGACCAGGGACGCUUUGGGGGGUUAGAGAGGGAGUGGGGGUCAUGCCCGGAUCCGGAUCCGAGGCGGAGUGCCCACCCGGUCCCUCCCCUGUUGUGUUUGGUUGGCGCGGUCGGAGUCCGCGCCUUUAGGGGGGGUACUGUCACGCCCUGGCUCGGGGGACUCUCGUAUGUUGAGCCAGGGUGUUAGUUUCUAUGUUUUGUGUUGUAGGUUGUGGGUCUAGUUUUGCAUUUCUAUGUUGGCCAGGGUGGCUCCCAAUCAGAGACGGCUGUAGCUCGUUGUCUCUGAUUGGGAGCCAUACUUAGGUAGCCGUUAGGCAUUCGUUUGGUGUGGUUUCUUGUUCCGUGUUGGUUUGUGUAUGUAACCAGGGACGUCACGUUAUCGUUUUGUUGUUUUGUUUGUGUGAUCAUUAUUUAAAAUAAAAUAUGUUCGCAUUCCACGCUGCGCCUUGGUCCUCUCUUCCCGACGAUCGUGACACCCUGGCUACCAAUAUUCUUUGUAUCACCUGACAUCCUUGCAUCCGUUCAAUCAUGUCCGUUGCGUUUUACGUCGGUGUGCCCAAAUGAACACAACCCUGCGAUCUGAUGCACCCCUCUGAUGUUUCUUAUUUAUUUUGUGUGUGUGUAGAUUAUCAGCACGGCACAGGGAAUAUUCUCAUAGGUAGCUCCUUUACACACACGCCCACCAUGGUCGCCCAGGGACACACGCAGGACGCCAACAAGUGGACCCCAGGGUGAGCUGCGACGCACACUUUUUUUUCAUUUGCUCAAGUACACUUGUUGCUUGUUUGCUCGAGUGCGCGCACACACACACAUUCCACUGCCCUGUUUUGUUGCACACUAUAAUCAUAUGUUGUUGUAAAGUGGUCUUAUCUUUGCUGAUCUGUUUCCAGAACAUAAUAAUUUAAGUAAAGGAGGAUCCACUGUAUUUCUUUUUUAUUAACUAGCAUCCCUUUUUCAUUUUAAUUUCCAGGGCCAAGAAACGAACGCAUGAUUUCAUUGACUCAUAUUUAUCUGACCGGUGGGUUGAUUCUGCUAUUCUGACUACUAUUGUUGUUAAUGCAGACACCACACACACACACACACACACACCCCAGGCAGGGAUUGCUAGGUAGAGAUUUCCAAUGUAAUGUAUUUAUUGUGGCCUGUUAGCCUAUGGAUUGACAGAUAAUAUAUGUAGGAAUGAUAUACUGUAUAGAGGAUAAUAUAUAGAGGACUGAUAUAGAGGAUAAACCAGGUGGUUCGAGCCACGAAUGCUGAUUGGCUGACAGCGUCGUGCUUAAGAACAGUCCUUAGCUGUGGUAUAUUGGCCAUAUACCACACCUCCUCGGGCCUUAUUGCUUAAAUAUAAAUAAAUAAAUGACAGGAACAGUGCAGGAGGAUUAUCCAGUCAAACAAGUCGCAGAUGGAGACCGAUAUAACGAUAGAAAGAGGGAUAGAGGGAGAAGGAGUUUUGGCGAAAGAGGGCGCGAGAGAGGGCGAGAGAAACGGAUCGAGAGAGGGAGAGAAAAAAUGCUUUUGGUCAUUCUCUCACAGCAUCUCAUUGAGCUGAAGCGUCGCAUUAUUUCCAAAGCAAACCAGUUCAUUAGGCAAUAGAAUGGGUUUUAAUCUAGGAGGACUGACCACUGACACACAUACACACACUUAACAUAGUUUUGAAUAUUGAAUUCAUCUUAAACAGUAAACAAACUAACGAUUUCUCUGUCUGUGGUUGCUGUGCAGGGAUGGGCUGUGCUCAGGAGACUCUUCAGCCAGGUAACGGCCAGGAUCAGCAAAAUGUAGAUUGAGGUGAUGUGCAUGUGUGCGGAGCAUGUGUAGGAAAAGGGGGGAGGGCUGCUUAAGAGCUCGGCUGCAAUCUCUGGCUUUUUUUUUUUUUUUUUGUCCAGAGUGCAUCUCAGUCUGACACACACACAUACAUAUACACGCACACACUCCCCCCUGAGAGAUCAGGUCACUGCUGGCUCACUACAGCAGAAGGGCAACCAUCUCUGCAGCACUCCACCAUUCAGGCCUUUAUGGUAGGGUGGCCAGAUGGAAGCCACUCCUCAGUAAAAAGGCACAUGACAGCCCACUUGGAGUUUGCCAAAAGGCACCCAAAGACUCAGACCAUGAGAAAUUCUCUGGUCUGAUGAAACAAGAUUGAACUCUUUGGCCUGAAUGGCAAGCGUCACGUCUGGAGGAAACCUGGCACCAUCCCUACGGUGAAGUAUGGUGGUGGCAGCAUCAUGCUGUGGGGAUGUUUUUCAGCAGCAGGGACUGGGAGACUAGUCAGGAUCGAGGGAAAGAUGAACAUAGCAAAGUACUGAGAGAUCCUUGAUGAAAACCUGCUCUAGAGUGCUCCAGACCUCAGACUGGGGCGAAGGUUCACUUUCCAACAGGACAAUGACCUUAAGCACACAGCCAAGACAACGCAGGAGUGGCUUCAGAACAAGUCCUUGAGUGGCCCAGCUAGAGCCCGAUCUAACAUCUCUGGAGAGACCUGUGCAGCGACGCUCCCCAUCCAACCUGACAGAGCUUGAGAGGAUCUGCAGAGAAGAAUGGGAGAAACUCCCCAAAUACAAGUGUGCCAAGCUUGUAGCAUCAUACCCAAGAAGACUCGAGGCUGUAAUCGCUGUGUAAAGGGUCUGAAUACUUAUGGAAAUGUGAUAUUUCAGUUUUGUUUUUUAAAGAAAUUAGCAAACAUUUCUAAAAAUCAGUUUUUGCUUUGUCAUUAUGGGGUAUUGUGUGUAGAUUGGUGAGGAAAAGUUUUUUUAAAUCCAUUUUAUAAUAACAAAAUGUGGAAAAAGUCAAGGGGUCUGAAUACUUUCCGAAUACACUGUAUUAUCAUAUGUAACCUAUAACAAUGUUGGAAAAUAUUUGUUUCUUUUGAUUUUAUAUUCAGUUAGCUAGCUACAGUAUGUGUUCAUUCAUAUGAUCUCAUUUUUUAGAAGUGACGUUCUCUACCUUGACAGUUGUUUUAACCAUGUCUGAUGGAAUUACCAGGUUUUCCACCCAAGUGUUUGAAAAUUGCAAUUCAUAAUCGCAAUUCCAAUAUCUGGCGAAAUAAUUGCAAUGAGAUAUUUUGUCCAGAUCGUGUAGCCCUAGAGUGUGUGUGGAAAUGGUUCCUUGAGCAGCAUGCACUCAAAUAUUAAAGGCCUGUGAGAGUCUGUGCUUCCUGCAGGCCACGUUCUCAGCAGUGAAUAAUUAAUUCAACACAUAGUAAGACCGAUGAAACCAAUCUCUCUCUCUCUCACACACACAUUCAAUCGCACAGCCACUCAUGCUCCUUCACUCCUUCUACCUCUGUUGUUUUCAAACUCACAACUCUCUCCCUCUGAUACCCGCUCCUUCUCACCUACACUGCGCAAGACUGAGGAUUCUCUCCGUCAUGUUUGGUCCUCGUAAGCUCAGAUCUCUGGUUUCUCUCUCUCUCCGUUCUGUCCAUCUCUUCUGUCGUCUAUAAUUUAUUCUUCCCUCUCCCCACUCACAAGCACCAGGUGAGAGGAGCUCUUCUCAGGGCCCAGCCCCCGGAUGUGUUGGCUCUGCUCUGUGCUGUUCAGUGAAAGGUCAUCCCUCUCCCCCACUGAUCCACUGAUCCACUCUGCAGACACACUGCCAAUAAACACUCCUCAGACUCCCACUACAGCACCGGCCGGGGUGCAGAGCGACACCUCUGUUGCUAAGGAGAAAAAGUCCCUCUGUCGUUUCUGCGGAACUGAGUGUGUGUGUGUGUGUUUUUCCUCACACGACUGAUUACAAUCCCUCUACCCGUUAUGGCACAUUCACCACCAUUUCUCCAGCCUGUUUCUUGUCUUGUCACUCCCCCCCCUCCCCCACACAUUUCACUAGCUAGCUGGGGGUCUGGAACUAAUUUGUCCUGACAACUGCAACCCUAAGCUUCCACCACGCAGCGCCUUGCCAUCCCCACCUCCUACCUCAUACACUACACACACGGUCUUCCCCUCUGCACGUGUGUGUGCUCCACAGAGAGCCAGUUAUGUAACGAGCGGCUCUGCAGUGGUCUCCUACUCUCUACUGUACUGCGUGUUAGAGUGAACUGUGCUGUGUGGGAGAGAGUGCGUAUGUUCGUGUAGCGCGAGGGUGGGGGAUGUUUGUGAAUGGACACUUGAUUUCUCACUCGGCUGCGUGUGUGCGCCGGUCUUUACAUGUCUCUGUCCUGUCUACUUGCAUAGUCUCUAUCUCUGUUGUCUCGCUCUCCCCCAUCUCUCUGUUCCUGUCUCUCACUGUUCUCUUUCUCUCACACAUAAAUGGCCUCAUGCAUAUGCACAUUCUGCCUGCGCCCCUUGGCAUGUGACAUCAUUUUCUACAUCACAGUGCGUUUAGCCAAUUGCACGUCGCCAAAUGUGUUACAUCUGUAUUGUGUGCUCCACGACUGUCUAACAACCCUAAUGAUGGUUAAAUAAUCCGCUCACCUGAACACACAUACACACACACGCAAUAUGUCUGUCUAUAAAACUCCCCCUGCUCCGUUGAUACCCCCCUCUCUCUUCCUCUCUUUCUCUCUCUUUUCUUUGCUCCGAUAUCUCUUUUUAGCCUGAUUCCUCUUUUUUUUUUCUCCAUGCCCAACUACCCCCCCCCCCCCCCUCUCGGUUUCUCUUGGUGCGUAAAUCACAGAGAACAAGCCCCUGAAUGAGCAAGUGAUUGUAUCACUGCUGUGUGGGCGGCGCAUCACGUGUAGCCUAACGGUUCAUCACAGAUCAUUUUCUCCCAUUUGUAUUCACGUUCACCCAAAGUUCCCCUGUUUCUGCUGAUUUGAGAAUGGGAUUUUUUUACUAUUUGUACACACACAGACAUCUGAUCCUCGUGAAAUGAUGAACGAUAGCGCUUCAGCUACAUGUGGAGGCGGUGACUCGUAAUGAAAUGCGAGAAUCCCUCUCUCCUCCCUUCCCCUCUCCCUGGGGGUAGCCCUACAGGGUGCUAGAGGAACUAUGUUACACUGGAGCCAUUGUGAGAAGGAGGACAUGUGUGCCUGCAACACAGCAAAUGCAAGAGGACUUGUGUGGCAGCAUGCCAUGACUCCUGACAUACUAUAAAGCAUGUCAGGAUUCGACAGGCAGUGCUUUGAUUUGUGUACUGUUCUGAAUGGCCGGGGAUAGAAGCACAAAUACACCCUGCAUUACCUCAAUGGAAAAAACUAGCUAGUAGCAAGGUGUGUGAUUCCCAGAGACACACACACACAUUCUCAAGAAUUGAGAUUCAGCCUUUAAAACUGCACUCAUUUGAUAUGAAUGUCUCAUGGGAGGUUAAAAAUAUGUCAAGAGUGGGGGUUCUCGAAGCAACCCAGAUACAUUUUCUGAGUGUAGGGGUAGAAAAUGCUGCUCCAACCACAACCAUGGAUGCGUCUCAAAUGGCACCCUAUUCCCUACCUAGUGCACUACUUUUGACCAGAGCCUUAUGGGGUAGUGCACUAUAUAGGGAAUAGAGUGCCAUUUGGAACACAACCCAUUACUAUAGUAUAUCCCCAAUAGUGAUAUUAACAUUCAGCCUUUAGUAUAGUUUCAAAUACACUGAUAUUGGGGAGUCAUUAAAUAUUAUGAGUACGCUUUGACACAUUUGCUCUGCAUGUGUACUGAGAAUAAAGCCAUAUACUAAUUUGAAGCAUCAAUGAGCGGUGCGUCUAAUGAGCGCACGUCACGUGAUUCUGUGACCGCACAUUGAAGGCGAGUGUCAAAGUGUCAGCGGGUGCACAAUCUAUGGUCUUCACAUACAUGCCAAGCUCCAUCAGGCUUAUGUUAAUGUAUCAUGGUUUUCACAUGUGUGCUUUUGCUUGUGCCAUUGUUGGAGAGAAACUCAUUGUUUUACAUUAGUUUUUAAUGAUUGUAUACAUUGUAUUGUCUGAUCCACUGAGUCCAUUGCGUGUUAUACAGUGGGGGAAAAAAGUAUUUAGUCAGCCACCAAUUGUGCAAGUUCUCCCACUUAAAAAGAUGAGAGAGGCCUGUAAUUUUCAUCAUAGGUACACGUCAACUAUGACAGACAAAUUGAGAAUUUUUUUUCCAGAAAAUCACAUUGUAGGAUUUUUUAUGAAUUUAUUUGCAAAUUAUGGUGGAAAAUAAGUAUUUGGUCACCGACAAACAAGCAAGAUUUCUGGCUCUCACAGACCUGUAACUUCUUCUUUAAGAGGCUCCUCUGUCCUCCACUCGUUACCUGUAUUAAUCGCACCUGUUUGAACUUGUUAUCAGUAUAAAAGACACCUGUCCACAACUUCAAACAGUCACACUCCAAACUCCACUAUGGCCAAGACCAAAGAGCUGUCAAAAGACACCAGAAACAAAAUUGUAGACCUGCACCAGGCUGGGAAGACUGAAUCUGCAAUAGGUAAGCAGCUUGGUUUGAAGAAAUCAACUGUGGGAGUAAUUAUUAGGAAAUGGAAGACAUACAAGACCACUGAUAAUCUCCCUCGGUCUGGGGCUCCACGCAAGAUCUCACCCCGUGGGGUCAAAAUGAUCACAAGAACAGUGAGCAAAAAUCCCAGAACCACACGAGGGGACCUAGUGAAUGACCUGCAGAGAGCUGGGACCAAAGUAACAAAGCCUACCAUCAGUAACACACUACGCCGCCAGGGACUCAAAUCCUGCAGUGACAGACGUGUCCCCCUGCUUAAGCCAGUACAUGUCCAGGCCCGUCUGAAGUUUGCGAGAGUGCAUUUGGAUGAUCCAGAAGAGGAUUGGGAGAAUGUCAUAUGGUCAGAUGAAACCAAAAUAUAACUUUUUGGUAAAAACUCAACUCGUCGUGUUUGGAGGACAAAGAAUGCUGAGUUGCAUCCAAAGAACACCAUACCUACUGUGAAGCAUGGGGGUGGAAACAUCAUGCUUUGGGGCUGUUUUUCUGCAAAGGGACCAGGACGACUGAUCCGUGUAAAGGAAAGAAUGAAUGGGGCCAUGUAUCGUGAGAUUUUGAGUGAAAACCUCCUUCCAUCAGCAAGGGCAUUGAAGAUGAAAUGUGGCUGGGUCUUUCAGCAUGACAAUGAUCCCAAAGACACCGCCCGGGCAACGAAGGAGUGGCUUCGUAAGAAGCAUUUCAAGGUCCUGGAGUGGCCUAGCCAGUCUCCAGAUCUCAACCCCAUAGAAAAUCUUUGGAGGGAGUUGAAAGUCUGUGUUGCCCAGCGACAGCCCCAAUACAUCACUGCUCUAGAGGAGAUCUGCAUGGAGGAAUGGGCCAAAAUACCAGCAACAGUGUGUGAAAACCUUGUGAAGACUUACAGAAAACGUUUGACCUGUGUCAUUGCCAACAAAGGGUAUAUAACAAAGUAUUGAGAAACUUUUGUUAUUGAACAAAUACUUAUUUUCCACCAUAAUUUGCAAAUACAUUCAUUAAAAAUCCUAUAAUGUGAUUUUCUGGAUAGUUUUUUCUCAUUUUGUCUGUCAUACUUGACGUGUACCUAUGGUGAAAAUUACAGGCCUCUCUCAUCUUUUUAAGUGGGAGAACUUGCACAAUUGGUGGCUGACUAAAUACUUUUUUUCCCCACUGUAUUGUUUAGAUUUUUAUACGCCUAUGUGUGUGAGGUGAGGUUUGACAAGUAAGUGUAGAGUUGGAGGUGUAGUGUGUGUGUGUGUGUGUCAUCUUGGUUAGCAUUUCACUGUACUGUUUACACCUACUGUAUCCUGUGCAUGCUAGCCGUAGAUGUUGUGACCGUCUGGUCAUUUAUGUGUCGGUUGCUUCUUUGUGAUCUCUCCACCACAGCAAGCGGCUGAAUAAGGCCAAUAAGAACGGGAAGGGCCUGAGGCAUUUCUCCAUGAAGGUGUGUGAGAAGGUGCAGAAGAAAGGCGCCACUUCCUACAACGCGGUGGCCGACGAACUGGUGGCUGAGUUCACCCACUCCACCACCGUCAUGGCCACAUACUCGGUGAGUCCGUAAAUACUAUGGUCACUUAGACACUUUCAUCCAAAACCACUUACGGUUGACAGCGACACAGUCAGUGUAUGUGGCCCAUGCAGGAGUCAAACCCACAAGCCUGGGUUGUGUUCAUUAGGCACCAAACGGAAGAAAACGGAAUGAAACAGGGAGGGACUACCUGGACUUGUGCAAUGAGAAACGGGGCUUGUCUUCGGUUAUAUUUUCCCAUUGCAUGCCCUAAUGAACAAAGCCUUGGUGUUGCUAGCACCGUGGUCCUCUAACCCAUUGUGUCAGUAGAAUGAUAAAGUAUUGCAGGGGGUUGUUGAGAGGAUCUAGCCUGGUGGCCAUAUCUGACUAUACUUUAGCCAAUGCCUCUAACAUCACCUUUCAUGCACAACUAAAGAAUAAACUGAUCUGGUCAACAGGCUAGUGGAUAACACUCAACACGUGGUUAUUCUUUUAUUAUUGUUUUAUUUGUGAUGUACAUUUUUCUUCCUGUUUGUGAGAAAAUUGUUGUACUCAGGAGACCAUUGGGAAUGAGACCCUGGUCUCAAUUGGGCUAACCUGAAUAAAUAAAUAAAAUAGGUCCAAUUUAACAUGAGACAGCAAAACGGCGAUGCAUUUUUGCAGCAAAAUUUUCUUGUUAGAUACGUUUGUUUUUCCAUUCAUAAACUGUUCAAGAAAAUCAAUUAACGAAUGACAGAUUUGAGCUCGUAGAGACUAUGGAAUGUUGUUUAUGUUGCAAACGGUUCCCUUGCGUCCCAAAGCAUUGUGUUGGAGGAGUCUGACUGAAAGUUAGGCUGUUUUAAUAGUGGGGAGGAGGCCAACCUCUGAAUACUUUCCGGUAUUAAUAAUGACACGGCCACUUAAAAAUAGCUUGGCCCCAGACCUAAUCUGCUUACUUCCUGUGGAAUGUUAAAAAGUAUCAUUAAUUAAAAACAGAUUAACCAUGAGGGCUAGGCUAGCAGUCAGUGCACCUCCGGAGGGGUAGUAGGUAGUCCGGGCCAGGGGCACACACCAUGGGACAGUUACUAAUGAGAUACCCCGUGUAGCUCAGUUGGUAGAGCAUGGCGCUGUCAGUGUUGAUGUGGAUGCGGUUGAGGAGUCAGACGCAGGACGCAUAGGCUGAGUCAAACGAGACUUUACUAACUGUAAAACAGUACCAAAAUUAAAGGGCCUCAACAAAGGAGGCGAGCGACAACGCAACACAGUGCGUAACAAUAAACAAAGUCCAGAGUACUGCACAGGUUACACCAACGGACAGGCGGACAAUAACACACAAACUAACGAAAACAACACAGGAAACUUAUAGGGCACAUAAUCAGACUCAAACGGACACAGGUGUAACAGACAGACCAAACCAAACGCACAUCGAAACAUUCAACGGUGGCAGCUAGUACUCCGGGGACGACGAACGCCGAAGCCUGCCCGAGCAAGGAGGAGGAGCAGUCUCGGCAGAAUUCGUGACAGGCGCUUGCAACGCGAGGGUUGUGGGUUCGUUUCCCACAGGGGGCCAGUAUUCAAAUGUAUGCACUCACUAACUGUAAGUCUCUCUGGAUAAGAGUGUCUGCUAAAUGACUAAAAUGUCAAUGUAAUGCCCCUUGACCCCUCAAGACAAGCCUAGAAUCAUAACCUCUUCUCUGCUAUUCUCUGUUUCCUUGCUCUUCUCUUAUUUGUUCUCUUUUCUUUUCUCUUUCCUCACUAUUUUCUCUCUAUCCUCCUCCUUCCCCAGCAGGUUUAUGACCAGAAGAACAUCCGCAGGCGCGUGUAUGACGCCCUCAACGUGCUGAUGGCCAUGAAUAUCAUCUCCAAGGAGAAGAAGGAGAUCCGCUGGAUUGGCCUGCCCAACAACUCUGCCCAGGAGUGUCAAAACCUGGAGGUGAUCUUACACACACACACACACUUUAAACCAGCAGAACUCUCUCUGGGAGCUGAAAGUGAGCCACUCCAUGACAUCUGUCACUCACCUCAGGAAAAGAGGGACUUGCGGACGGAGGGAAAGGGAGUGAGGGGAGCACAGACAAAGGAAAGGGGAAGAUAAACGAAAGACCCUUUCAGUCCUCUUCUGUAUCAUGUGUAAACUUCCUGCAGAAUAUAGAUCUGUCACGAUAAACACACAAAGACACACACACACAGUGACCCAUUCUGGUGGAGGGCAUGAUGGUGACAGGGAGUAAGGGAGGGAGCGGGGAGACGGAGAGUGGAGUACUCCUACAGCUGGCCUGUUUUGACAGCAGAGCAUUUUAGCAUGCCAUCUACUGUCUGACAAUACAAGUAGUCAUUGUCUUGCUUUAGUCUGGUCAGUUACUUAAAGAACGAUACUAACAGUCUGAGUGGUGAGAUAUGGGUAGGGUUCUGUUGGAGCACAGGGUUAAGGUGGAGUGGAGGUUGAAUGGAGGAGGGGCACAGACUGUACACUGACCACCACCACCGCUGACCAUCUACUUCUAGUUAUCUACUAGUUAUGACCGUGGCUGCCCAUUGGAGGCUUCAAGAAGCACUCAAAAAUAACUCCAUAUGGUGAUCUAGCUACUGUUGUAUAUUUCUUUUUUAAUUGCUUGUUUUCUUUGCUUUACAAGUGCUUUGAGAUGCUUUAUAUGGUGUACUAUUAGACAGUUAUGUUAUGCCAGUCCUUUCUAAAAUGCUUAAUAAACGGUUUCCCUAAUCAGGUGGAGAAACAGAAAAGCCUGAAGAGGAUCAGGCAGAAGAGAACUCAGCUGGAAGAACUCAUACUGCAGGUACGGAGCAGUCCCUGGUGUGUGUGUGCGCACACGCUUAUCUCUUUGUGCGUGUGCUUGUGUGCGAGGGAGAGAGCGGAAAGUCAGAUACCUUGGUCAUGAGGGAUGAGCUAGGCAGCUGUCCAUCUAUACAUCCAUUGAAAAACACCAGCCUAUCGUUAGCAUCUCAAUAGCAUAUGAAAGGGAACUUUUGUGUGACCCCGUGGAGUUCCCAGGAGGCCAGAGGGUGUGGAUGUGGGCGUGGUCGGAGAUCUCUUGAUUGAUUACUUCUCCCUGUGAGAAGGACUCGGCGAUCACCGAAAUGUAUUCACAGUCUGUUUCUUGAAAUGUACCGCACCAUGGAUAGUUGUCAUUCUUUGCAUCUCCGACUGAUGGUAUGUUAGCUACCUUUUGCUCUGCCCUGGUGAAGGUAACUCACUCUAAAGCUAGAUUUAAGCUUCAGUCUAAGCACCGAUUCCUCUGAGGUUUUCCCUCAGAAUCGAUUUAGCCACUAUAUGGUAGGGCCAGGUGUUUUUCCUGGCCACAUAACCUGACCAGGAAAGACUUGUGGCCCCAUGCGUGACGUAUGAUGUAGUUCCACUCAUUAACCAUACACGCUCAACCUUCAGAGAUUGACAAUGUGUGUUUGUGUAGUUUGGGGAUACAUGUUUUUGAAGUAUGUAUCGAUAAGAUUAGCUGUAGCUGUAGUAACAAUGUAUUUAAAAGUGUCUGUGUGGAUAGGUGUGUUUGAAAGUUUGCACUUUAGGACCAAUGGAAGAUUGAUGGAAUACCGUAGCCAGGCGAACUAAAUCAAAUGCACCUAAAAUGUGUUUCUAAACAUUGCUCGUCUCUCCUCAAACAGCAAAUCUCUUUUAAGAACCUAGUGCAGAGAAACAAAGCCAGUGAGGCUUCCUCCCUGGCCCCUCCCCCUUCCAGCUCUGUCAUCCAUCUCCCCUUCAUCAUCCUCAACACAGACGUACGCACCGUCACCGACUGCUCCAUCUCCAGCGACAAGUAUGUGUCACCGCAACUUCUUCACCGUAAUGCCUAUUGCAAAGACAACUCUAGGUCACUCACUACUGAAUCGCUAAUCCAAUUGCCACAGUAGUAUAAGACACAUGCUCAUUGCGCCUUUAUCCUUAAAAUGCCAACACUUCUCCUAUAGUGCUAAGAGCAAAUUCAGUUAGGAUCACAAGGUUUUUACCGUGAUUAAAAUAUAUCUUUACAUGUGAUUUAUAUGGAUGGCUACCACAGUAAUCCCCCGACUCUCUUUAGGUAGCCAGGACAAACAUAUUUAUAAGUCAUAGCAAGUUUUUGGGCUCAUUCAGUGGUUUUUACCUGAUAAAGUAGAAUCCUGUUGGAAAAAUUAUGUUAAAAGUAACAUUUAUAUUCAUAAAACAUAGAUUGAAAAAUACAUAUGUUGCUGCUUCCUGUUGUCAUGGCUUUUUGAUUAAUGUCCAAAUACAUAAUUAACAUACUGAAAUAAGUCGUUAUAUUUUGAAGAGCAAUACAUAAAGGUUACUUCCUACACACACACGUGUGAAACUUGUUUACAGAUUACUUGUAUUUUGCUAAAUUAAUGAUUUAUAAACUGCACACGCACUAAUAUUUACCAAGCGGUCACUCGACUGGAAUUGAUUCGCUUCACACUCAACACGGGAAACUGUUAAUCAUGAAAAACCCAGCAGCGUUGCAGUUCUUCACGCAAACCGGUGCGCCUGGAACCUACUACCAUACCCCAUUCACGCUCUGAAUGGCACACAUACACAAUCCAUGUCUCAAUUAUUUCCUCCCCUUCAUCUACACUGAUUGAAGUGGAUUUAACAAGUGACAUCAAUAAGGGAUCAUAGCUUUCACCUGGUCAGUCAGUCUAUGUCAUGGAAAGAGCAGAUGUUCAUAAAGUUUUGUCUAUACAGUGCAUUCGCAAAGUGUUCAGACCCCUUGACCUUUUCCACAUUUUGUUACGUUACAGCCUUGUUCUGAAAUUGAUUAAAUAGUUUUCCCCCCUCAUCAAUCUACACACAAUACCCCAUAAUGACAAAGCAAAAACAGGUUUUUAGAAGAAAAAAAUAACUGAAAUAUCACAUUUACAUAAGUAUUCAGACCCUUUACUCAGUACUUUGUUGAAGCACCUUUGGCAGCCUUGAGUCUUCUUGGGUGUGACGCUACAAGCUUGGCACACCUGUAUUUGGGGAGUUUCUCCCAUUCUUCUCUGCAGAUCCUCUCAAGCUCUGUCAGAUUGGAUGGGGAGCGUCGCUGCACAGCUAUUUUCAGGUCUCUCCAGAGAUGUUCGAUCGGGUUCAAGUCCGGGCUCUGGCUGGGCCACUCAAGGACAUUCAGAGUCCCAAAGACACUCCUGCGUUGUCUUGGCUGUGUGCUUAGGGUCUUUGUUCUGUUGGAAGGUGACCCUUCGCCCCAGUCUGAGGUCCUGAGCGCUCUGGAGCAGGUUUUCAUCAAGGAUCUCUCUGUACUUUGCUCCGUUCAUCUUUCCCUCCAUCCUGACUAGUCUCCCAGUCCCUGCCGCUGAAAAACAUCCCCACAGCAUGAUGCUGCCACCACCAUGCUUCACCGUAGGGAUGGUGCCAGGUUUCCUCCAGACAUGAGGCUUGGCAUUCAGGCCAAAGAGUUCAGUCUUGGUUUCAUCAGACCAGAGAAUCUUGUUUCUCAUGGUCUGAAAGUCCUUUAGGUGCCUUUUGGCAAACUCCAAGAGGGCUGUCAUGUGCCUUUUACUAAGGAGUGGCUUCCGUCUGGCCACUCUACCAUAAAGUGCCGAAGAGAUGUGCCGUAGAGAGUGCCGAAGAGAUGGUGGUCCUUCUGGAAGUUUCUCCCAUCUCCACAGAGGAACUCUGGAGCUCUGUCAGAGUGACCAUUGGGUUCUUGGUCACCUCCCUGACCAAGGCCCUUCUCCCCCGAUUGCUCAGUUUGGCCGGGCGGCCAGCUCUAGGAAGAGUCUUGUUGGUUCCAAACUUCUUCCAUUUAAGAAUGAUGAAGGCCACUGUGUUCUUCGGGACCUUCAAUGCUGCCUACAAUUUUUUGGUACCCUUCCCCAGAUCUGUGCCUCGACACAAUCCUGUCUCAGAUCUACGGAUAAUUCCUUCGACCUCAGGGCUUGGUUUUUGCUCUGACAUGCACUGUCAACUGUGGGACCUUAUAUAGACAGGUGUGUGCCUUUUCAAAUCAUGUCCAAUCAAUUGACUUUACCACAGGUGGACUCCAAUCAAGUUGUAGAAACAUCUCAAGGAUGAUCAGUGGAAACAGGAUGCACCUGAGCUAAAUUUCGAGUUGCAUAGCAAAGGGUCUGAAUACUUAUGUAAAAGUUAUUUCUGUUUUCUAUUUUAAUUUUUUUGCAAAAUUUUCUAAAAACCAGUUUUUGCUUUGUCAUUAUGGGGUAUUGUCACGAUCGUUAACGGAAGAUACGGACCAAGGCGCAGCGUGAUAAGCGUACAUUUUAUUAAGUACUUAACACGACACAAAACAACAAACAAACGAUACGUGAAGUCCUAGGUUACACAAAACAAACCUUUACGGAACAAGAUCCCACACCGACUAGUGCCAAACAGGCUGCCUAAGUAUGGUCCCCAAUCAGAGAAAACGAGAUACAGCUGCCUCUGAUUGGGAACCACCCUGGCCAACAUAGAUCUAAACGAUCUAGCACAUCAACAUAGAAAAUAUAACACAGAAACUACACACCCUGGCUCAACAUUUCAGAGUCCCCAGAGCCAGGGCGUGACAGGUAUUGUGUGUAGAUUUGAGGAAAAACAUUAAUUUAAUCCAUUUUUAGAAUAAGGCUGUAACGUAACAAAUGUGGAAAAAGUCAAGGGGUCUGAAUACUUUCCGAAUGCACUGUAUCUCUGAGAAAAUUAUUUUCGUAGAUGGCCAAUAUGGAAAAGGAAACACUUUUUUUACGGGAUAAUUUCAAGAAAUCACCACCUCACAUCGGUUUCUAAAUAGCGACAGGGGUUGGCUUUCGUUUGAAUGAUAGCGUAACCCUCAAAUCCAUGAAUUCAUGUCAGGCCAGACAUAUUCAUGGGAGGAGCGCCCAAUUAUUUUCUUAGCCACCGUGGUCUCAAAAUGACAGUUGCAUUCUAAGUCCCACUACGGACUGGCGCGUAUGACAAAAAAUACUGGUACUAAACCAAAGAUAUCAAUCUGUUUUAAGCAAUCGAUUUUCUGAGAUCGUGAUGACUAUAAACUUUAAUACUAACAUCAGCAUUCUGAGGUAAAAAGGAUGUGUAUUUCCUGUAAUAUUGUGUGGUGAAAACUUUAGUCUGUGUAAUGUAGUAACACGUUCUGUCCAUCAUAGAGAAAUUAGCGUAAUAUAACAUAAUUCAAUAUGCCAAAGUAAUUCAAUAUUUGUAUACAGUGGGGAAAAUAAGUAUUUAGUCAGCCACCAAUUGUGCAAGUUCUCCCACUUAAAAAGAUGAGAGAGGCCUGUAAUUUUCAUCAUAGGUACACGUCAACUAUGACAGACAAAAUGAGAAAAAAAAAUCCAGAAAAUCACAUUGUAGGAUUUUUUAUGAAUUUAUUUGCAAAUUAUGGUGGAAAAUAAGUAUUUGGUCAAUAACAAAAGUUUCUCAAUACUUUGUUAUAUACCCUUUGUUGGCAAUGACAGGUCAAAUGUUUUCUGUAAGUCUUCACAAGGUUUUCACACACUGUUGCUGGUAUUUUGGCCCAUUCCUCCAUGCAGAUCUCCUCUAGAGCAGUGAUGUUUUGGGGCUGUCGCUGGGCAACACGGACUUUCAACUCCCUCCAAAGAUUUUCUAUGGGGUUGAGAUCUGGAGACUGGCUAGGCCACUCCAGGACCUUGAAAUGCUUCUUACGAAGCCACUCCUUCGUUGCCCGGACGGUGUGUUUGGGAUCAUUGUCAUGCUGAAAGACCCAGCCACGUUUCAUCUUCAAUGCCCUUGCUGAUGGAAGGAGGUUUUCACUCAAAAUCUCACGAUACAUGGUCCCAUUCAUUCUUUCCUUUACACGGAUCAGUCGUCCUGGUCCAUUUGCAGAAAAACAGCCCCAAAGCAUGAUGUUUCCACCCCAAUAAUUCACAGUAGGUAUGGUGUUCUUUGGAUGCAACUCAGCAUUCUUUGUCCUCCAAACACGACGAGUUGAGUUUUUACCAAAAAGUUCUAUUUUGGUUUCAUAUGACAUUCUCCCAAUCCUCUUCUGGAUCAUCCAAAUGCACUCGAGCAAACUUCAGACGGGCCUGGACAUGUACUGGCUUAAGCAGGGGGACAUGUCUUGCACUGCAGGAUUUUAGUCCCUGGCGCCGUAGUGUGUUACUGAUGGUAAGCUUUGUUACUUUGGUCCCAGCUCUCUACAGGUCAUUCACUAGGUCCCCCUGUGUGGUUCGGGAUUUUUGCUCACCGUUCUUGUGAUCAUUUUGACCCCACAGGGUGAGAUCUUGCGUGGAGCCCCAGAUCGUGGGAGAUUAUCAGUGGUCUUGUAUGUCUUCCAUUUCCUAAUAAUUGCUCCCACAGUUGAUUUCUUCAAACCAAGCUGCUUACCUAUUGCAGAUUCAGUCUUCCCAGCCUGGUGCAGGUCUACAAUUUUGUUUCUGGUGUCCUUUGACAGCUCUUUGGUCUUGGCCAUAGUGGAGUUUGGAGUGUGACUGUUUGAGGUUGUGGACAGGUGUCUUUUAUACUGAUAACAAGUUCAAACAGGUGCCAUUAAUACAGGUAACGAGUGGAGGACAGAGGAGCCUCUUAAAGAAGAAGUUACAGGUCUGUGAGAGCCAGAAAUCUUGCUUGUUUGUCGGUGACCAAAUACUUAUUUUCCACCAUAAUUUGCAAAUAAAUUCAUAAAAAAUCCUACAAUGUGAUUUUCUGGAUUUUUUUUCCUCAAUUUGUCUGUCAUAGUUGACAUGUACCUAUGAUGAAAAUUACAGGCCUCUCUCAUUUUUUUAAGUGGGAGAACUUGCACAAUUGGUGGCUGACUAAAUACUUUUUUUCCCCACUGUAUAUGAUGAUAGUAAAUGUAGCACACUAUUUAUAUUUCGUCCUACUUUAUCCAUGGAGAGAGUUUAAAAAUACUCCUAAGCACAAUUUAACCAGUCGCUCUAAACUAGAGCGUCCAUAGGGUCUGUACAGCAGGCUGAACGUUUGACGUCCCUACUGUAGAUGCGAAUACCUUUUCAACUUCGACAACACCUUUGAGAUCCAUGACGACAUAGAGAUUCUGAAGCACAUGGGGAUGUCCCUGGGCCUGGAGAGUGGGAAGUGCAGCGCAGACAAUCUCAUCCUGGCCAAGUCCCUCAUCCCCAGGUCCCUGGAGACCUAUGUCAUAGGUGAGAGUGGGAAAAUGGCAUUCAUUGACAAGCAUUUUUGCCAUGUGUGUGCGUGUGGAAACAGGCCAUUUCUGUCAUUUCAAUCUGUCCUCAUCUCCCCUCCCACAGGCAUGGCCAGAGGCACUAGUCAAACAAGAUAGAUUACCUCUCAUAACUUUUCAAUCAAAACUGUGAUUUGAACACAAUCCACUACCAAACAGGAACACUACAUUUUACAUUUUUACAUUUUACUCAUUUAGCAGACAUUCUUAUCCAGAGCGACUUACAGUUAGUGAGUGCAUACAUUUUUCAUACUGCCCCCCCGUGGAAAUCGAACCCACAACCCUGGCGUUGCAAGCGCCAUGCUCUACCAACUGAGCUACACGGGACCACACUACACAUGAAGAGUGAUAUUUCUAUGAUCCCUGUGUGGCUCUGUUCAAAAGUAGUGCACUAUAUAGGGAAUAGGGUGCCAUUUGGGAUGUAAGGUUACACACCUUACUGAUAACAGAAAAGCUCAAGCCACACAGGGAUCAUAGAAAUAUAAAUGACUUAAGGUGGCAUGAUUGAUUUUAAUUUGAGAACUGAAGUAACUGACCCCGGUGGUGUGGGUUGUCGUAGUUCAGCUCUUUCCCAGGUGACCUGGACUUUGCCUCUUUGAAUGGAAGGCGUAGCUACAGCCACAGUAGCACCGCCCACUCCGAGUCUCAAGGCCAGAUGCCCAGCUCCUUCGACGAGGAAGAGGAGGACAAUGACGAUGAUGACAACGAACCCUCUUCCCCA